UGAUCCACAGAUCGCGUAGGUUAUCCACAGGGAGUGCGGGCAGCAGAACUGAGAAGAGGAGCUCCAUUUCCUUUACGCGACUUCUCCGUUGUCUCAGAGCUCGGCCAUGGACUCUCCACUGAGACCCGAGGCAGCUCCCCUCCUCCAGACCCGGCCGGGCUCCAAUGACGAGGCGGAGAGGGCCUACGACGCCGACGAGAAGGUGGUGAUCUCCGUCUCUGAAGACGACCGUUCGAUGGAGGAUGACGGCUCCCUCCCACCCUUCUCGUGGCGGAAGCUGUGGCGGUUCACUGGCCCGGGGUUCCUGAUGUCGAUCGCGUUCCUGGACCCCGGAAACCUCGAGGGCGACCUUCAGGCCGGCGCCUGCGCCGGAUACUCGCUCCUAUGGUUGCUGUUUUGGUCGACCGCCAUGGGUCUCCUCAUCCAGCUAUUGUCCGCGAGGCUCGGGGUGGCCACGGGGCGCCACCUGGCGGAGCUCUGCCGCGAGGAGUACCCACGGUGGGCCACGAUCGCGCUCUGGAUCAUGGCCGAGCUCGCUCUCAUCGGGGCCGACAUCCAGGAGGUGAUCGGCAGCGCGAUCGCGAUCAAGAUACUCAGCGGCGGAGUGAUCCCUCUUUGGGCUGGGGUGGUCAUCACGGCUUCGGAUUGCUUCAUCUUCCUGUUCCUGGAGAACUAUGGUGUGAGGAAAUUAGAAGCAUUCUUUGGGGUUCUCAUUGCAACGAUGGCUGUCUCAUUCGCCAUAAUGUUCGGUGAAGCCAAGCCCAGUGGCAAGGAAUUUCUAAUUGGUGUUUUAGUUCCAAAACUGAGUUCAAGUACAAUAAGGCAGGCAGUGGGGGUGGUCGGCUGCAUCAUUAUGCCCCACAAUGUAUUCUUGCAUUCUGCUCUUGUACAGUCAAGAAAGAUCGACAAUAGCAAAACUAGUCAUGUUAGAGAAGCAAUGAGUUACUAUUCCAUAGAAUCCACUGUUGCUCUUCUUAUUUCCUUCUUUAUCAAUGUGUGUGUUACUACAGUUUUUGCAAAGGGAUUCUAUGGCACAGAAGUAGCCAGUUCUAUAGGACUUGAGAAUGCUGGGCAGUUCUUACAAGAAAAAUAUGGAGGUAAACUAUUUCCUAUUCUCUAUAUAUGGGGUAUUGGAUUAUUAGCCUCCGGACAGAGUAGUACCAUCACUGGCACUUAUGCUGGACAAUUUAUCAUGGGAGGCUUUUUGAAUCUUCGUUUGAAGAAAUGGGCUCGUUCACUGAUCACAAGAAGCUUUGCAAUGUUGCCAACUAUAAUAGUUGCUCUUUUGUUUGACACUGACGACUCGGCCAUGGAUAUAUUGAAUGAGUCACUUAAUGUACUUCAGUCUAUUCAGAUACCAUUUGCUCUAAUUCCACUUCUUGCUUUGGUAUCAAAAGAACAGCUUAUGGGGGCUUUCAGGAUCGGCCCCAUUAUGAAAGUCGUGACUUGGAUUAUGGUGGGUUUUCUGAUAAUCAUCAAUGGCUACCUUUUGCUCGAUUUCUUCACUGCUGAAGUUCAUGGCCUACUCAUCAGCUGUCUUCUCUCUUCUGCCUUAGCAAUAUAUGUCAUAUUCAUCGCUUAUCUUGUAUUACGGGGCAGCGCCUUCUGCACUUCGGGUACCUUAGCAAUCAAUAAGGGUUUCUGCAAUAGAAACUGAACGGCGUACCUUUGUUCAUUUACAUUCUGCAAGAAAGUCUCUCAGGAGAACUGAAACAUAGUUAGGAGGCUGAUAUCAAGUUGGUGUCAUCUUGUAAUGCAAAUUGUAUCUAGAUCAUACAAUCCACAACGUUAUCCAUGUUGCUUUCAAUAACUCGGCCUUCGCACACGAAGGCGGUGUGCAUUGCUAGUCCCCUUCCAGCAGUUGCCUUUAAUUUCUACUAUUACAUGGACUUUGUUAGUUCAAAAGUAAAUAAUCUGAUGUACAUGAACAGUUAAAGUAAAUGUAGUCUGUAACUCUUCAUGGUGAUAUGUAAUUUGACAAAAUACGGCCAAUUUCACUUCA